UGAAGGAAGAGAUGAGUGACAGGCUUAAGCUGGUGGAAGAAGAUUCUUACUGAAACUCAGAGCGAAGAACGCUUGGAUCACAUACACAUUAUGCCAUUCUUACUCAAGGGCCAUGGGGGCCGGAUCGCUGUCACGAUCCCCCGCAAAAGAAUUCGCCACUCUUUGGAGUAUAGCAGUGAGAGAACAGUUUGGAGUUUGUUCGCUACAAGGAUUUGCUGCUGGAGCCUCCGGCCGAGAUGACCAUGAAGCUCUACCUCGAGUUCUUCCCAAAUUUUAACACCGCCCAGCGAUGGUACACCAUGCCACAGAUCCAAAAUUCAGCGCCGACCUUUGUGGAAACCGUGGCCCAAGCUGAUCUGGUCCUCCCACGCCCUGGAAGGCAUUGUGGUGAGAGCUCUUCAGUUAUGUGGAAUCAACAUCGUUCCAGUGGGUUCUCUCCAUCUAAACAUCUCCACCGGGAACGAUCCAGACGAUCCAAACUAGGUAAUUCCAUGGCUGGACAAACAGGAGUCUCGAUCGGUUCUCUACAUUAUUAACCGGACUUGAGGGCGUACCGCGCGGUACCGCCGAAUUUCUUCGGCACUAGCUCGAGCUGCUCCGGGCGUACCACCCAUAGAAAAGCGAUGUUCUUAGUAGAUUCCAGAGCCAGCUGCUGGGACUGGAGCGAUGGUUCCAAAACGCAGGUGGCAUGAAUACCGCGGGCUGCUAACCGACUGGGCACACCCUUGGGCACCGUGCCGUGCGGCAUUGUGGAUGGAAUUCGAUCUUGGAGAGCGUCAGUGUUGGCAAUCCUGUGAUGUCGAUGCCGCGAAUCCGUGCUUGACGAGGAUCUUGGACGAGGAGUGGGGGAUUUCGGUAAGAUUGGGUAAACACCGAGCAAGGCCAAUUUGGAGGCUGCGCUCAUGUUUAAAAGGUGGGAUGAGCUUGGAAAGAAAGCCAGCGAUCUUGGAGAACUCAUGGAAGAAGGAGGAUCUUCUCGAUCCGGCAUCGAUUAGUCAAAGCCAUGGGGCUAUAGAGAUGUUCGCGUCGAUGCAAGGGGAUCACGGCGUGGAUCCAAUCGCGGAGCACUACGGCUGCGUGGUGCGGUGUGGGCAUCUGCUGAGGCGCUCGUGAUUGCCAUGGAGCCCAGUGUCGAGCAGUGAACGAGCUUGCUCAAUGCGUGCACACUCCACUUGGAUCCAGCGCAAGUCACCUAAAGUGUGUCAUAGGAUAAGGGGGCGAUGGCUGUAGCUUCAUCAAAGCCGUGCCCGAAUAUCGCAUGGAAGAGUUCGAUCGUGUCGCCCGGCAGCCCGGGAUCUGCUGGCGCAAGAUCAUAGUCAGCGUUCUUUUAAUUAGAGCUCCAAGAGCUCCAAAGAUCAUCCA